GCGUGUAUAUAAAAAGACGAGAGUAUGUUGGGAUUUUCCAUUCAUGCCAGCGCGUUUAAUAUAUCACUGCAGCGCAUGCUUUUCGCAUAGAGAUUUGUUUUUUCUUUUUGGUAAUUCAUAUAGUUGCUUGCAUAAUUAAUGUUUUUGUAGGUACCCAUAAUAGAUUUGGUUAACGAAGUGUUAGGCUGACUCAGGCUAAUCAUGGGCUGACUCGAGCUAUUCAUCGGUCUUAAUAAACAGCUUAACGACAUUUAUUAAUCCGUAUAUGCAUUUUAAAGUUAUUCAUAACAAUCUUUGACAUAAAAUUUGUAUCCUGUUUUUCUAAAUGCUGAUUGGUAGACAUAUUUAGUUUGUGUAGAUUAAAAGUAUAUAAAACGUCUGAUUGUAAGGUAAGAAGCGACAGAAACGGCGAUAGAGAGAAAGAUAAUCAGUACCGAGGUGUACAAUGAAGAAGGAUUGGAUACAACUGUUGUGUUUCCUUUAGUGUUCUCUUGGCACUUUAAAGACUCAUUGCUAACAAUGAGCCAUUGCGCUACGUAAGCAUCCCAUAAUGCAUUUUUAGACUGUCUAAAAUCAAUUACUGCCGUUGUUUGGACCGUCGCCACGCUCGCAAAGGCCCAUUGUUAGCAAUGAGUCUUUAACAUUAAACCUCUGAACCAGCAGAAAGUUCUGGUGUUGGUACAUUGCAUAAUUUCUACAGAAUAUGAAUGAAAAAACGUGAAUAUGAGCAGAAAAAUAGUGAAUACGAGUUUAAAGGCGUGAAUAUUUAUUGAAUAAUUUUGCACCUAACAAACUUUAUUCGCUGUUCUUGCCCUCCACAUACGUAUUUGGUCAUAAUGAUUAAUUGUUAGACUAUGAAUAAUUCAUACCCGAUGAAGUCAAAUGUUCUCAUAGGUAUAAGCAGAUACGUAAUCCCCUAUUGCUGGUAUCAUUUCUUGGCGAUUUACCAGCUUAAUUACAUUUAGGGUCCCUUUGAUAACCGAAAGCUGCACGCAAUUAGAUCUUGCAUCUCCAGCGACUUGUUGGUGUUGUCUCUUUCUUAAUGAUUUCCAGUGACAGAAUGGCGAAUAUUCUUGCUUUGCUCUGUCUGAUACUGGGAUCUACUGCCACAAUAUUGCGCUUGCCAUGCCUUGAAUACGGUUAUUUUACUGUGGUCAAGAAGAAUGCUGCACUACAAGGAUCCGUCAUUGCGACCAUUUCUAAUACGCCUGUUGAGAAAUGCCAAGAGCUGUGUCUCCUAAACCCAUAUUGUCAAACUGUGAACACCAAAGAUGACGGUACGUUGUGUGAACUAAGCAGCAAGUCAAGGUAUCAUUUACCAAACGAUGCCUUGUUUGUUGAGAAGAUCGGCUGGACAUACAGGGCUACAAAUUAUAGUGAGACACUGGUUGGUGAAUUGUGUCAAGAACUAAAGCCCUGUCGGCAUGGUUACAUAUGCAAGGACACAUGCAGUUGCCCUGGCUACCAAUGUGCGCCACACUACACAGACUGUGGAUUUCUACAUAAAUCUGGUUUUCGAAAGAACGGAAUCUAUCCGUAUAGGGACAGCGUUAAAGAGUUUUUGGUAUAUUGCGACUUCAUUACAUUAAACAAGUGGUGGAUUGUAUUCCAACGACGCGUUGAUCGCUCGGUCACAUUCUACCGAAACUGGAAUCAGUAUAAACAAGGCUUUGGGGAGAUGUCCGGAAACUUCUGGCUUGGUCUAGAGAAGAUUCACAAACUGGUACCGCCCGGCCGCAAGGCGAGACUGCGCAUUGAAUUGAAGCAUAUCCUGGACAGAAGUAAAUUAUACUACGCGGAAUAUGAGGACUUUAGCAUUUCAGAUGAGGCGGACGGAUAUCGUUUGCAUGUUGGCACGUAUCGUGGAAAUGCAGGUGAUUCCCUCGGUUACAGCAGCAACAGGAAGUUUUCGACAUACGAUCGUGAUAAUGAUAUUCACGAAAAAAAUUGUGCCGUUGCCACAAAGGGGGCUUGGUGGUUCGGAAAAUGUAAAAAUGCACAUCUAAAUGCUGUGUUUCCGCCAUUGCCUUAUAACGACCGUCUUGUCUAUUAUCUGUGCUGGCAUCAUAUAGAUAGUCAGCAUGGUGGGGUCUUUUAUUCUGAAAUGAAAUUCACUUAUCUGUGAAUAAUGUCCAGUGACAAAGAAUUAUCAGAUGGAAUAGGAAGAAUGGAGCGAAGAAGAGAAGAGAGAAGAUACGCUAGUGAAGAAGGAGAGAGAAUAGAAGCAAAGAGCUGGAGAAGAAGAGGAAGGAGAAGGGGGAGAGGAUAAAGGAAAAGCAGAAGGAAAAUGUAGGGAGAAGCAGAGAGCAAAGAAGCAGAAAGCGAGAAGGGAAGUGAAGAAGAGAGAGAGAGAAGGAGAAGAAGAGAGCAAAGAGGCAGAAAGCGAAGAAGGAAGUGAAGAAGAGAGAGAAGGAGAAGAAGAGAGCAAAGAGGCAGAAAGCGAAGAAGGAAGUGAAGAAGAGAGAGAGAAGGAGAAGAAGAGAGCAAAGAGGCAGAAAGCGAAGAAGGAAGUGAAGAAGAGAGAGAGAAGGAGAAGAAGAGGGCAAAGAAGCAGAAAGCGAAGAAGGAAGUGAAGAAGAGAGAGAGAAGGAGAAGAAGAGAGCGAAGAAGGAGAAAAUGAAGAAGGAAGUAAAGAAGAGAGAGAGGAGAAGCUGAAAAAGAGAGUGAAGAAGGAAGUGAAGAAGAGAGAAAGAGAAGGAGAAGCAGAAAAAGAGAGUAAAGAAGAGAGAAAAAGCUGGAAAAGAAGAGGGAGAGGAAGAAGUAGCAGAAAGCGAAGAAGGAAACAGAGAAGAGAAAGAAGCAGGGUGCGAGGGACUAGCCAACAUUUGUGAAGAGGAAACAGUAGAAGUAAAAUAGAGUAUUUGAGCUGCUACUACGUUUAAACUGCUUUGAUGUAAAUUAUGUAUUGUAUUCGAAUUAUAACUGAAAAAUAAAUUCUUAUCAACAUCAAAAAUCUACAUUUACUAGCGCUCUUUGUAGCAAUUGUAUUCUUUGAAACAUUGGGUUAAUGUUGGUCCUACUCAAAGCCUUUUCUUAAGUUCGGGGCAAACAAUGACAAAGCCAGAGAUCUGUCAAAACUUCUUGGGGCCCUUCUCAGCUCUGGGCCAAAAGGUAGUCUGCCUCCUGCCACUCUCAGCAGGCCUGACU